AUUGUGAACUGCAAAACAGCUGGCGUUUUGAUUGCACUGCGGCUUUAAACAAAUUAUUAAAGUAAAUAAAAACAGCAUUUUACGCCCAAACACUUAGAUGGAUUUUUAUUACCUGUAACAAAGUCUACAAAUCGCAAUGGAUUGCUCUCCUAGCUGUUUACUCUGCAUGUGCGAGUAUACGGCCAUGAUGGGGGACUAUAUAGAUGUACACUCCGCGCGCGGCGACCAAUUGGAGGUGACUACGAUCGUCAACCAACACUUCCCCGUCCAGAUCUCCAAGGAAAGCGACGAAAGGAUAUGCGGCCGCUGCUGGAAAACCGUCUCCGACUUCCACACUUUACACGAGUUCGUCAGUGCAGCGCAGAGCUCUUUGCAGGAAACAAAAGUGGCGCUCAUGGAGGAUGAUCCCCUAACACAGGAAACUACGUCCUUUCCGGAGAUUCUAAAACUAGCAACUCAGGAGGAGGAAGGGGUACCGGAACCACCGGAAAUUGGCGGUCGGAACUUCUUUUACCCAGAGAUUAAGAUUGAGGAACAUGAACUGGAUACUCUUCCCCGCAUUGAGAUCCUGGAGACUUCGGCCAACACCCAGGAAAACCAGGACCAACUUGAGGGCGCAGCCAGACGCCUUAGGAAGCGUUUGAAGGCAGAGGAUGGAUCCAGUGUAGACAAGGAUAAGGACGAGGAUGGAUUAGAAGAGACUGCAGAACCUGCGCCGCCUAAAAAGCGACGUGGUCGCCCAAGGAAAUCAGAUGCUGCCGUUGCCCCGCCCCAAAAACCUAAAGAAGACAUUCAACUUGACCUUAAGGCAGAAGAGCUUGACGAGUUCGGAGAUGAGGAGACGGACCCUGACUUCUCAUGCCUGGUGCCUAGCGAUAACUCCUCCGAGGACGAUGGAGGCAGCGAUGGCUUCGACUCAGACUCAGACUUUGAACUAGACAAUGGAAAGCAAGAGUUUGCCGUGCUGCCGAAAAGAACAGUAGUACGCCCCAAGAAAUACAAGAAGCGGACGAAACCGGCGGAGCCGAAAGUCCGCAUGUCCCGCGAGCUGCUGGAGCAGCGCAAAAAGCAGCAGGAAGAAUACGACGUCAUCAUCGCUAAGUUCUUUACCAGCGUACUGCCGUGUGCCAUCUGCAAUCUGCUGGUGCACAACUUCACCGAGAUGCAGCGUCAUCACCGACUGACCCAUCAAGUGGAUCCCGGCUACAUGAUGUGCUGCGGCCGCAAGUUCACGCAGCGCAAAGUUCUGGCCGAGCAUGUACUCGUCCACUGGAAUCCUGAUCACUUUAAGUGCAGCGUCUGUGAGAAGUCAUUCCAAAAUUCUCGUCACCUGGAGUCGCACCAGCAGGUGCACAUGGAUCCCGCCGUCAAACUUACCUUUAGCUGCGACCUCUGCUCGAAGACCUUCCUCAGCAAGACGGCCAUAGACUACCACAAGCUUAACAAGCAUGUGCCCAAGUCCGAGUUCAAGUUCACCUGUUCCGAGUGCAACAAAAAAUUCCUCACCGAGCGCAAGCUGAAAAACCACAUGAGCUCUAUGCACGACCCAGAGAGUACUAUAAUCUGCGACAAGUGCGGCAAGCAGAUGCGCACCAAGAUCAUCCUGAAGAAGCAUCAGGAGCUGAUGCACUCGGAUAAGCCACGUCCGGAACCGGAGCUGCAACAGUGCCAGAUAUGCGGCGCUUGGCUAAAGGGCAUGACCGGCCUGAAGCAGCACAUGAAGAGCAUACACGUAGAGAGUGCCGGCGAGCAUCGCUGCCACAUAUGCGCCAAGGUGUCCCCAAAUGCAAGGGCUCUCCGGCGUCACAUCUACCACAAUCACGAGUGCGAGCGCAAGUUCAAGUGCACCAUGUGCGAAAAGGCUUUCAAGCGGCCGCAGGAACUCAAGGAACACACAUCCACUCAUACGGGUGAAGUACUCUACACCUGUCCCAACUGCCCGAUGACAUUCUUCUGCUCCGCCAACAUGUACAAGCAUCGCCAGCGAUUGCAUCGCGCCCAAUACGAGGCGGACAAAAACCAGCCCAAGCCACCCAACAUCCUGAAAAUUUCGCGCAACGCCUCGACGCAAAACAAGCCGAAACAGGAGAUCUAGCACCGAAAGAGAAUUGCUUAAAAUAUUCGAACGCCUUUCUUCACUUUCACAGAAUUAGCUCGAGUUGAAUUCAAAUUGUCCAAUAUUAUAAAUUAUGACACAUUCGCACAACAGUUUUUAAUUAUUUGUCUAUAAAACGUAGAGUUAAACGUAUUGUAUAAACCAUCUCUUUCGAAUGAAAUCUGUGAAAGUUGAUAUUCAAAGGGCGUUUUGUACCUUAGUCCUAAGCUGAAAGUAUUUAAAUAAUAAAUGCGAACUGGACUCGUCUCCGAUCCAAAUAAUUGAUAACAAAACAAAGUUGGGAAUGUCUUUCUUUCUUUAUAAUUAUUUACAAGGAUGGCUUAAUUGCACCUUAUAUAACGCAAUGACAUUUACAUGGUUUCAUUCGUUUCAUUUUUACACAUAAUAUGCAUAACUUUAAAAUAUUUAUAUAUAGAUACUGUAUCUCUCUCACGUUUCGCCUACAACUCGGUACACAAUUCUCGAUUUAGCAAUAGGAAUUAUUGAAAAACUUUACAUACGCAUAGAAUAUUAUUGUUCAUAUCUCAUGUGGUAGACCCUCAAUCGCUGCUGAUGGUUUUUGUUUUUUUUUUUUUUUUGGGUUUUAUGGGGUUAACUAACGCACACGCCGGGUUAACCAAACAGGCUCGAGCGGAUCUUCUCAGCGAUUAAUGUAUGCAAACAGCGCGCAGAUUUUUUUGCUUAUAGAUUUUCGAUCGAUAUCUCUAGGCAACAUUUAUAUAAAUACAAUACUUCCGUUGGUUAUUAGUUUGUCUUUAGUCGAAACGUACCAUAGCAUCGGAAAUUUGUUAGCACAAUUAGCUCCGUGGGCACGUUCGGUUUGCGAUUUGCGACACCAUUUUUGGGCUUAAAUUUAUUUUGGGCAUGUUGUUUGUAUGUUGGCUGUUAGUCACGGAUACAGAUACCAAGUGGUGGAGCACAAGCACGAAACGAGACGAAAAUGUUGUAAAACAAAAUGUAACUCAAAUGUUUAUUGUAUAGCUACCAAAAAA